GCCGUGUUUUGAACCCACUGGGACACCCAGGGGCGAUGUGAGCACAGCGCAGCUCCUCAGUAUAAAGCAGUCCGCCGCAGUUGGAGUGACAGAGAAGGUGCUCGUGCAAUGCAGCAGGGAGGCUGCCUGUUCUGAGAGGAGAGGGUCCACAGAGAGUGCUGAUGGGGAAUAGCUUCAGGGGAAGAAGAACAAGUCCUUUGGAAACACAAUCUGGAAUCGUUGGCUUUUAUCUGCUGCAGUUAUGAGUAGCUGUCCAGAUCAGAGGAAUUCUGAUCAUCUCCAUGGAUUUAUUCUUUCAGAGUGUCUUCUCAACCAGAGGAACCACAUCUGGCCCGGAGCCCGGCGGUGAUGCUGGCCAUGCAGCGCUACAACUGCUCCGACGUUCCGCCCUUCAACGUCACCCCCGUGGUGCAGGAGCUGCGGGUGGAAGCCGUGGCCUGCAACACCACCCGUCCGCCCAGCAAUCCCGCGUCCGCCGGCCUCUCCAUGACCCUGGGCAUCCUGUUCAACGCUGUGGCCCUCAUCAUUCUCGCCAAGGCUUACAACCGCUUCCGGCGGCGCUCUAAGGCCACGUUCCUGCUCUCCGCCAGCUCCCUGGUGGCGACCAAUCUGGCUGGACACGUCAUCCUCGGAGCGCUCGUGCUGAAGAAAUACUCAGAGGGCACCGGGUCCGCGGCCGACAAUCCGGACCGGCCCUGCCUGUUUCUGGGAAGCUGCAUGGUGUUCUUCGGCCUGUGCCCGCUCUUCCUGGGCUGCGGCAUGGCCGCCGAGCGCUGCCUGGGCGUCACCAGGCCUCUGCUGCACGCUCGUCUUGUGACCACGGCGCGGACAAAGAUGGCGCUGGCCUUGAUCUGGCUGCUGGCUUUGUGCGUGGCCGUCCUGCCCUUCUUCAGCCUGGGCGCCUACACGUACCAACACCCGGGGACGUGGUGCUUUAUCAGGGUGACGGAGGGCACCAGGACCACGGACCUGGUCUUCCUCAUGCUGUUCUCCGUGCUGGCUUUGAGCUCCCUGGCCUCGGCCUUUGUGUGCAACACCAUCAGUGGCAUCACGCUGGUGAGAGCCCGGCUAAAGAAAAGGUCGUGCUCCGGGCGGCGCUCGGGCGGCUCCCAGGACACGGAGAUGGUGGUCCAGCUGGUUGGCAUCAUGGUCACCUCCUGCAUCUGCUGGAGCCCUCUGCUGAUCUUCGGACUGGUGUUGGCCAUAAAGUCCUACAGCGGCUCCCUGGGCGGCGAGAGAGACACUUACAACAGUCUGAUGAUGACGGGCGUCAGGAUGGCCACCUACAACCAGAUCCUGGACCCCUGGGUCUACAUCCUGCUGCGACGCGCCGUCCUCCGGAAAAUCUACCGCGUCACCAAAAGACAGGCCAGCCUCAAGGGGAGCACGUUCCGCUCCAUUCGCUGGGAGGUCGGCUCCUUUCAGAACUCAGAAAAAAACACAAAGAUUUAAAUGGACCUUUACAGAGGAAGUCACUUUCUUCUCCGUCUCUCGUCGGCGGGUUCGCCACCGAGUCCAUCAUCUGGAUCAGAAUUCAGUGUUGAAAGGUGCCUAAGAAGAGGAGUUGUCUCUCUGGGCUCAGCACGGCCACCCUGGUUUAAGUGGAGGAAAUAUGUGUGUUGGGAUUCAAAGUGGAACUUAAAUGGAACCAGAUUUGAAACAUCACUGAACAGGUCUUGUUGUAUGUGCAGCGUGUGCAAUAAAGAAAGACAAUUCUUUAUGAACUGUGUUUAUCAGGCGGCGCCACGGCCCACAUGCAGGAGCAUGCGUGCACAUGCAGGAACAUGCGUGCACAUGCAGGAACAUGCGUGCACAUGCAGGAGCAUGCGUGCGCAGCACAGCACGAAAAGCAAACAGCACGAAAAGCAAACAUGAAUGAAAAAUAUUUUGUCAGUUGGAAUGUAAUGUGUUCACGUUUUAUUGUUUUUGCUGAAGUGAAGACUGUAUCUUGUUCUCUGACAACAAUGUAAAAGUCAAUGACUUGUAUGAAUGCUCACAUAAGAGAGCCCUAAAAAAAAGGAAAGACUGUGCUGAUACCUCGGCUUAAAGAUGUUAAAAACAGAAUGUAGUUCUGUGACAUGAUUGUGAAGGCCUGUUAUUGUGUGUUUAUAAAUGUGUUUGCAGUAUUUUGCCCCAAAUGUCUCGAGGCUGAAGUGAAAGUGCAAAAUCUGAUGGAAUGUGCUAUUAUUAACAAAAGGGAAUGUUCGCUUGGUUAAUAAAUAAUCUGUUCAUGUUUCAUCUUAUUCGAGUUUUCUAUAUUCAACUUAUUCAGACAAAGCACCCUGACGUCUUGUCUUGUUGUUUGCCUGUUAGCUUGGCACAAAGCUGGAAAUGAGAAACUAGUUAGGUCAUUCUAUCUUAAACUAACACCUUUAAAGCUCUUUAGUCUAAUGUAGGAUUAUUUGCACAGGGCUAAAGGAUAAAAGGCUGAUUUAAUAUGAGCUAAUGCUCACACAUGCCGUCAUUGAUUUGUUCAAUCUAUUGAAAAUGAGCAUCAAUGGUACCAUAUAUAUUGUAAAAGAAAAAAGUAGAUUUGCAUAAACAUGGUAAUUCCGUUUGAUGUUUUGAAAAAUCUGUCUCAAUAGAAACACAUAUAGACUGAUUAGGAUGGAAGCAAGUGUUGCUCUCUGUGGAAGUCCCCAUGUCAUGUUAGCCUGCUUCAAAAUGAGAUCGACAUCACAGAAACAAUGUGGCUGUUUUGCAAGUAAGACCUGGACCAGUGGAUGGGAUUGGUUGGCCGGACUCCAACCAUUACAUAAUAUGAAAACAUACAAUGCAUUUUCCAACCCUGAAAGAAAUCACCCCAGCAAUGUGGGAACUGUGCACUUAGUUUUAUGUCAAAUAAAACAGAUUUUGAUAGAUCA